CAAACAUGGCAACGACAGCAACGGCGACAUUAAGAAGGCUGACCAGGCCUUCGGUGCUAUCGAAUUGGUGCAGACCGACAUGCGCAGCACAAUGGUCGCGNNUAUUGACGGUGUCCUCCUCCGUUCGUCAGACCCUCUACCUCGAGCUCACAAAGCCCUGUCGCUCCUACAGACCGAACGCAUCCCCUUUAUCCUCNNCCUCACCAAUGGCGGCGGCAAGCACGAGUCGGAGCGAGUGGACGAGCUUCGUCAAAAGCUUGAUAUCGACCUAGACACGUCCAUGUUCGUGCAGAGUCACACCCCUUUCGCCGACAUGAAGGAGCUCCACGACAAGACAGUGCUGGUUGUAGGAGGCGACUACGACAAAUGCCAGCUCGUUGCCCAGAAAUACGGCUUCAAAGCCGUCGUCACNCCUGGCGAUAUCGUUACCGCAUACCCCGACAUCUGGCCAUUCACAAAAAUCUUCGCAGAGUACUACCAAAAGUUCGCCAAACCACUACCUGCUCCCAUUGACGCCGAGAACCCAGACAAGUCCCUGAAGAUCGAUGCUGUCUUUGUAUACAACGAUCCUCGCGAUUGGGGCUUGGAUACAACAAUCAUUACAGAUUUACUAUUGUCAAGAGAGGGAAUCAUGGGCACACUAUCGAGCAAGAAUGGCGACAAGUCACUUUCGAACAAUGGAUACCAACAAGACAACCAGCCCAAACUCUACUUCUCCAACCCUGACCUGUGGUGGGCUGCGAAAUACCAUCUACCACGAUUGGGCCAGGGAGGCUUCAGAGAGGGCUUGGAAGGCGUGUGGGCAGCCAUCACAGGAGGCCAGAACGCCGGCGUGCAACUGCANAAGAAGGUCAUUGGCAAGCCUUACCACGAGACAUACGAGUUUGCCGAGAAGAGAUUGAGAGCACAUAGAAACGACCUGUACACUGGCGAGUCAAUAGAGCCUUUGCGCAAGGUCUACAUGGUCGAAUCGGAUAUUGCUGGUGGAAACUCGUACAAGAGUGCUUUUGGUAGCAAGUGGUCGUCUAUCCUGCUCCGAACCGGUGUAUAUGCUGGAGGCGAACCCGCUCACAAGCCCACUGUCAUUGUCGAUGAUGUGUACGAUGCCGUGCAAUGGGCCAUUGAGGACGCUAAGAAA